AAAAUUAUAAAAGGGAAAAUAUACUACAAUUUACUUAUAAGAUGAAUAAAUACAAACUUUGUCUAUAAAAAAUAACAACAAAAAGUGCAUUUAUAAUAAUUUAACAUAUUUUUUUAAAAUCAGCGUGUUCAUUUAGUGAUGCUGGAGGAAUUUUAAAAAAUAGUCAAAACUUACGAAAAUAAUGAAUAAGUGGAAAAUAAGUUCUAAAAUUUCAUAAAAAAUAUUAAAAUCGAAUAAAAAAUCUACACAAUUUGAAACACAUUCUAAUCAAAAAUCUACUCGCCUUACAAAAAGAAAAAGAAAAAAACAAAAAAAGUCAUAUCAACAUAUGAAAAUUAAAAUAGCUCUGACAUAAAAGAAAACUCCAUUCCAACAGCACUUAUUGAUUGCCUGCUGCAGCUUGUUGCAAGUUAUCAACUACUCACAUGCUGCCACAAUGCCAUCGGCUAUGCAACACUCGCAUUGAAUGAGCGCAAAACAAACGGUGAUUCCAGUUUUUGAUUUUUUAUCAACUGCUGCUGCUGCUGUUGCUGCUGCCACUAACUACUGCAUGCUGUCGCUGAUUAAUUGCAACUGAGGCCUAAUCGGCGGCACGACCCAUCAGCAUGGCAAUAGAAAUGUUUUUCAAUUUUAUUUGGAAAUAUAUAUGUAUGUAUGUACGUAAGCAUAUAUGCAAUUAUAGAACGCACAAAUGAUUGACUUGUAAUUUGGUUUUCCACAAAUAUUCACGAGUGCAUAAGACACCGAGGAAUGUACGCGGCCAAGGAAGACAACAGAAAGAGCAACGAUUCGCAUGGCGCUCGAGGACCACCUGCUGACAGGAAAUUUUCACUGCACUCGUAUUUAUGUUCGAAGGUAUUAUAUGAAAUACAGUUGAACAGCGGGUCCGUGGCUAACUGAUAUCAAUGACGGUCGGUGGAGGGCGUCGAACUGCAGUGAUCUCUAUUUGCUGAUGGAUACUUGGUCGGCAAUCCGAUCAACCUGGUCCACUCUAAGACAGCCCGGCACAGAGAAUGUGUUCCAUUUUUCAUAAUCGCAUCAACUAUCGCGGUCUGCGCAGCAACUCGAGUGGCAGCAACAGUAGCGGCAGUAUCGGUGGUUUAACCAAAGAACUGGAUGCCGAUCGAAAUAAUAAUGGCGGUGGAGCUGGCGUUAGCGUUGGUUUGGCUAAUAUCGAGCUCAAUGGCGCAGAGGCGACGUUGUGUGCCAAUGAUUGCACCACAGAGAGCCGGCUGCCGGUGAGCAGCGUUCACAAUACUAGCCACACCACCACACCAGAGCGCAUCGUGGACGAAAACGCCGAUCCUAAGUGCAAUAUGCGUGCGGCUAGCGUUGAGCGGUCGAGCAGUGAAGAAUGUGAUGCUAACGAAGAUGUGCUGGAGGAGACUACGGGCGAUAGUAAUGAGGCGUUGGAUUUAUCGGUGCUGCCGGGCGAUCGUUUGCCCUCCAGCGGACAUGUGGCAUUGGAGGCUUUACAACACACCAAAGUGGCGGUGGCACAAUUUGCUGCCUCAGCGCUGAGUGGCGCACAAAAUUACGGCGAGGCAAUGAGCGAGCUAGCGAUGGUGCAAUCGACGAUAUUGAACGUACAGCGGCAACAUCUGAUGCAACUGCAACUCAUACAACACCUGCAGAGUCAACUGAAGCGCACUGGGGAUCUAACGGAGGAGAGUGAGCAGGGCGAAGAACAGCCAGCGGAACAGUCAGAAGAGCCAAAGCGGCGAAUUUUGGAGUCACCACUGGCGGACAGAGAGGUAGGUGAGUUGGUGGAUGAAGUGAGUGUGGAUGUUGGUGUGGUGCGAAGUACCAAGGUCAGUCCGAGAAAUCGCAUGGAAGUGGAUGAGGACUUAAGACCACUGCGUAUUGCCGCUGCGUCUGCGUCGAAUGAAGAGAAUACAAAGACUGAAGCGUCGUUAAGCGCAAGCACGAAGCAGAAAGAGAGCAAGGCUAUUAAGCCGGACGCCGAGUGUUUGGGUAACAAAAGUCAUGAGCCAAACUUGGCUCCCAAUAAUGUGAUCACAAAUAACAACUACCAACCCUUGAUGUGCGACAUUAGCUCAUCGCUCGCCUCCAGCAUCAUUACCAAUCACGAUCCACCACCCGCGCCCAAUGAACCCAACUGCUUGGAGAUGCUGCAACGACGCACGGAGGAGGUGCUCGAUUCAGCAUCGCAAAGCUUACACGCCUCACACCUGCAGGACGAAUAUGAAUAUGCGCAGAAGGACGCACAGGGGCGCGGUGAGAUAUUCAAACAUCGUUGCAAGUACUGUGGUAAAAUUUUCGGCUCCUUCUCAGCUCUGCAGAUUCAUCUACGGUCGCAUACUGGUGAACGACCAUUUCAUUGUAAUGUUUGUGGCAGUAAAUUCACAACAAAGGGCAAUCUGAAGGUUCACUACCAACGACAUACACAGAUCUUUCCUCCCAUGUUGCUAGCCCCGGGUCCUGGUGGCACAAUGGUAGAACAGUUUCCAACAUACGGACCGCCGCUGGGAGGACCACUUAUGCCAGGUGUGCCACCUAUAAGACUACCCAUUUCAGGUGUGGACGCAGCUGAAGAACCCGGUUGUAGACAGGAGAAAGAAAAACCUGAAGAACCAAUACCACAACCAAUGCCUAAACGCGACGACAAGCCCGCCGCUGCUUCUUCGCCCAUUGAGACGCCACAGGACUUAAGCAAACCGCACCACUCACCGUUAUUACAGGAAGCACCCACGAUCGUCGAGCCAACAAAGUCACCGAAGUUACCGCCAGUGGUCAAACAAGCUGUUUCUGCUAAACAUGAAAAACCAGAACGACCUGCCAGCCAACAACCGCCACAAACCCAUCCGCAUCCACCAAAACGCAAUAGCAGCGCGCGAAAACGCAGCUCUCGUGCUAACACGCCACACUCGGGUGCAAGCGAACCACGUAAGGGUCACGCGCAUGAAAAAUGCGAGCGUGCGCGUGAGCAGGAACGCGAUCGUUUCUUGGAAGGUGGUGACUUUCUUCAUAAGUCCGCAGCGUCCUUACGUCGCUCUUCGUUAAGUCGCAACUCAAGCAACAGCGGUCUCGAGCCGCCGCACAUCUCAUCCGAAUAUUCACUCGCUCAGAUGGAGCGCAUAAUCGAUAAAUCGUGGGAAGAUCUCAUCGAGAUCGACACAACUUCGGAAACGUCGAAACUGCAGCAGUUGGUGGACAACAUCGAGAACAAGCUGACCGACCCAAAUCAAUGUAUAUUCUGCCACAAAGUCAUGUCCUGUCGCAGCUCACUGCAAAUGCACAUACGCACACAUACCGGCGAACGACCGUUCCGGUGUAAAAUUUGCGGACGUGCUUUCGCUACGAAGGGCAAUCUGAAGGCGCACAUGAGCAUACAUAAGAUCAAACCACCCAUGCGUAGUCAAUUUAAAUGUCCCGUUUGCCAUCAGAAAUUCUCGAAUGGUGUGAUAUUACAACAACACAUACGCAUACACACCAUCGACGAUGGCAGUGGCACUUUAGUUGGUAUGCCUGGCAUCGGACUAAACGGUGGCUUGCUCGGGCCUUUCUCACUACCGCUCGGCGCACUACCACCGGGCACACCACACACGGCGGAGGCGGUAGCCGAACAUAAUGCACGAAUGAAAGCGCACAUGGAUGCGGCAAUUGAGGAUCAAAACUCCAAUAAAUCAAUGGGCACUUCGGAUAAUUUUGAUUUCUCCACCACAUCGGAUUACUCUGGUCAACGCUCAGAGUCAUCGCAAGGUGAUUUCGAUGAUUUUAUGACUAUGGAUAGCACAGAUGAUUCACGUGAGAACACCAGUUCACUAACGCCCUUCGACCGUCGUCUAGCUGAUGGCGAGUACGCCGAUGAACGUGCGCAGGAGUUGACUGAGCGUGGCGAUUGUGGCGUAGAACUGCCGCAUCCGAUGGCCGCAAUGGCUGCAGCUGCUGCAAUGGAUCUGUCAGCGCGUGGCUUUCCCAACACCGCCAGCAACACCACGAACGGUAUGACGCAGCAGAAAGCGCUCGAGCAUCAUCUACCCAUGUUGGGUAUGUCGCCGAAUUUCCUGCUAAUGGCAGCGGCACGCGAGGAGAUGCAAAUGUUGGGUGCGCAUGCAAAAUUUCCACUGCUGCCUUUCGGACCGCUCGGCUUUAUGGGUCUUCAUCCUCAAACUCAUUUGUGUAAUGUGUGCUUUAAGAUGUUCCCAAAUUCAACGGCAUUGGAGCGACAUACACUUAGUGAACAUACCAAAGAUGUUGCUAAUAACACAACAACAAAUACAUCAACAACAACAACACCAACGUCAGCAAUGGCAAGUAUGACAGCUGCUACAACAGCGACUGCUUGCAGCAACAACAACAACAAUAGUAAUAACUUAACUACAACAACAACAACGGGUACAAUAACAACAACAAUACAUACUACAAGUCUUUCUACGAAUCGUGAGCGAACAUCACCAAUAUACAAUAACAACAGCAAAGUGAAGCUCACAGUCAGCAGCAAUCUCUUCCCAAAGCCGAAUAUAGACGAAGAGGACGCUGGAAACACGACAAGCAACUCUGCGCCAGCAACAACAAAUCAAAAUGCAAACACAGCAAAUUUUCUGUGCGAGUCACCAAAACGCAAUAGCCCAAACGAGCCUGAAACAAAUACUACGUCAACUCACAUCAAACAAGAGAAGCCCGACGAAGAUGCGGAGAGUGAGUCCCAACAACAGCAUAUCAGCGCUACGAGAUCUCCACGCACACCAAGUACUUCACCCGCACCAUUAUCACCAACACCAACGCCAGCAGUGAUGGCUCAUGGUUGCAUGCCACCUUCACUGUCAUCACUGGAGUCACAAAUUGCACCGCCAGCAACGCACUCACCUUUCGAACUCUCGGCGGCGCAUCCACAUCUGGGGAUGCCACCGAACAAUGCUGAGCAGUCGCUGAUGCAAAUGCAAUUGCAUGCUCAUCGCUUUCCCGCCAGUCCCUUGGAUUUUCAACAAGCUCUAAUGUCCGUCGGUCCACCGAGUUUGAGUACCGAUCCUGCUGCUGCUGCGAAUCAAAAACAUUUCUGCCACGUCUGUCGGCGGAAUUUUAGUUCGAGCUCGGCGCUUCAGAUCCAUAUGCGCACACACACCGGCGACAAGCCGUUUCAGUGUAAUGUGUGUCAGAAGGCCUUCACGACCAAGGGGAAUCUGAAGGUCCAUAUGGGCACUCACAUGUGGACGAAUCCCACAUCACGACGUGGUAGACGCAUGUCACUCGAAUUGCCACUACAUCGGCCGGGAAGUAUGCCAAGCGAGACGGAUUUCAUGCAGCGACGGCCAGAGUUAUUCUUUCCAUAUUUACCGCCUUUCUUCAAUGGAUUGCCGCCAAAGCCCGCCGGUGAGCUCAGCCCUGGCGCUUUUCCGAAUCUCACACCGCCACACUUUCCAAAUGGCGCCAGCUCAGCCAAGUAUCCACCAGGACUUCUGGGGCUGCCACCAUUUUUAGCGCCUCCAUACAAUUUUCCAGGCAUGGCGGCGCAGGCACUUGGCGAACACGCUACAGGCGGAGAGGGUAGUAAGUCACCAACGCCAACACCCAAUACAAGAGAUGACAAUUUAGUGAGUCCCACGAAUGCCUCGGCUCUAGAAACAUCCGAACCUUGGCUUUUAAUGGGUAAAAUAAAAACAGAGAACAAUCAAAAUGAGGAGACAUCCACGACGUCAACAAAUAGUUGUAGUCAAGUUGUUGAGACGCAUAGUGAGUUGCAGCAUAUGGUUGAGUAGCGCGACCUGAAUGGAGGGAAACAAUAUUGAGAACUUCAAAAAAAUCGAGCGAAAUUUCGAAAAGCGUAUGGAAAACUUAGUUCUAGUGCGUAGUAAAACUGAAAACAAGGUUUUUGUGGAUCACAUAUCGUAAACAAAUUAAUGCUUAAUAAUUAAUGCUAAAUAUAAAUAUAGUUGUAUAUAUAAAUAUU